UUGGAGACCCCCCUUCGGCAACAAAGUGCAGUACAGCCUCCAGGGAGCGACAACCCUUUGAGAGCAGCGACCGUCAGUGAGGCGAAAUUGAUCGCGUUUAGAUAAAACAAGAAAUACAGCACGUUAAUGCCCCGGUUUAACGCACCUCUAUGACUUCUCCAGAAGAUGAGAGUGUUUCCUGGAGGCUAACUGGCCCUGUGUCGGAGCUGUCCAAGAAACAAUGCAGACUGAUCUAUUCGUCUGAUGGACGCGACGCGGAUGUUUGCCUGUUUCAUGUGAACGGUGAAUUCUUCGCGAUGGACGCUCGCUGCGCUCAUUCGGGAGGUCCACUGUGUGAUGGAGAUAUUGAGGAGGCCGAUGGUGUUCUUCAGGUUUUCUGUCCUUGGCAUGACUAUGACUUCAAUCUCAAAACAGGGAAAUCAAGCACAGGUUUACAGCAACAAGUUUAUGAAGUGAAAUUGGAGGACGGCAAUGUAUACGUCAAGCACGCAAGUGAGCUCUCGUUACAACCUUUCGGCCAGGUCAAGGAGAACUGAAGUUCUUGGUUACGGCAAUGUUUUGUUCCCUCGAACUAAAACAUCUGCUUGGAUCUCGUAACAUUUGAAAAAGAUGCAGAAUUUUAGUUUAAUAAACUUUCCUGUUCCCAAUGGAGCAGAUGUUAACAUUUGUGACAAUUUGUAUAUAUACACUACGAAUCAAAGAUAAAUUGUUCUUUAAUGUUGUACGCAAAUUACUUCCAAUGACACUAAAAUGAACAUUGUGUUCUGACAUUUAGAUUAUAUAUUUUAUGAUUUAUUUAAAUUGUUAUGAAUAUCUUAAAAUGUAAGUUGGCAAAAUUUAUAUGCAAGAUCGAUUGAACUCAGGGAAAAUGGGGUCACAGACCAUUUAUUUAGUCAGCUGUACAUUUCAGUGGCUUAAUUAGUCAUCGUUUUAGAUUCAUAAUCGUUAGCACUCCAGAGAUGUUAAUGUGUUUCUCUCUAGGGCUGUAAUAAAUGUUUGUGGUUGUAACUUUCCAUAAUUAUACCUUCCGAGAUCCAGCCCUCUUGAGUGUCAGGUAGACAUGACUUUCACCGCAGGGAAAAUUUCAUUAAUUAUUUGGUCGACUCACUUAAUCUUAUGAUUUCAUGAUGUCUUUCUUAGUACAUAAAUACAUUCUUAUUUCGAACAAUCUUUCCAUUGAAUCACCAUCAGUAUUUGUGAGAUUAUCCUACCUUAAUAAAAUAUAAGUUAAUGCAAAAAAGGUGGUUAAAGCUAUGCAAUGCUUAAACAUUGGCUUUGACAACAUGGACAGUAGUUUUGUAAUGACAACUCAUAUGAAAUGCGAAAUAUCUCUAAUUAUGGUGGGUUCUUUCAUUUUUUACAGUUUUAUUAACAGUUGUUUUAAAUGGUUAAUGUGUGAUAAAGCCUGUGUUGUGUGCCUGCUUAUGAUUUCUGUUUAUAUUUUUGUGUACAUCUUUUUUAUUUAAGUUGAAUGGAAUAAAGCAAU